GUCAGCUGAGGCCAGGAAGAAGUGAAUCGGGAGAGGGAAUUCAGAAGAGACACCGUGGAAAGGGGGAAGUUUUCCAUGAGCUGAGCAGUUGAGGUUCACCAGUUUGCUUCUUAGUAAGAUGGCUCCAGCUGAGGACAGGGGACCACGUCAAGUAUGCGAGGAGUUGGACCAGACCAUCCUUCACCUUUUUGAUGUUCUGGAGUCCCUCCAAACCAAGAGGGAAUCUUUUAACUGCUUGGUGGAACAGGGUUGGUUCUCCCUCUCCAAGUCACGUUAUGCCAUGGGUAGCAAGUCUGUCUCUGCUCUGCAGUAUGGACCUCAGAUGGCACCCCUGGUGCGAGUGAACACGAGACAGAAGGAAGACAGUCAGGUGGAGUUUCAUGCGGUCUUGGAAGCUGCAGAUGUUUCAAAGCCAAAGGCUGAAAAUGCAGAUGUUGUUGAAGAAAUCGGCCCCAGCGACCAAGUUUUACGACAGCGAAAGGGUCUAGGGAAAACAGAGGCUCCGAUCCGUCCUCCGGAGGACAUCUCUCAACCUGCGGAGAAGUUAGAGAAGCAAGAUCCACUAACGUGGUUUGGUAUCCUUGUGCCCCAGAGUCUGCGGCAGGCGCAAAAGACCUUCAAAGAAGGAAUACACUUGGCUGCAGAAAUUGCCUCGAUGCAAAGUGAACUUGAGGCCACUCGACGACAGUACCGUGCCUUGCUGGAGGAAAAGCAACGACUCUUAGCCAGAGAGAAUAUUCAGGACCAGCCAUAACUCCCUCACCGUUGAAACGCAGCUGGUGGCCCAUAUUUAUUGGUUGCGUCUCUUUAUCUGUACAUAAUGUUUUGAUUAAUAAACAAGGACCAAUAUUAGUGGAAA